CCGAGGACGGGAGCCUGACCGAUCCCGAAGCAUUUGCGAAGGACACUUGCCAUGCGCUGCUCUAUUUGUAUGCGGAUUCAUGGUGCUGCACGCCUGGUUGCACGCGAAGCUCGGGGACGUCUUCGCGGAGUCUUUCGACACGUACACCUCGUCGAUGUCGGACUACGCGCUGCUCCUCACCGGCCUGCCGCCGUCCGCGACGAACGAGAGGGAGCUGCUGCGCGAGCUGCAGGCCGACCUGCCCGACGCCAUCGGGGUGUCGAUCUGCUACAACCUCGACUGCGAGAGCGUGGCGAGCACCAUCGACGCCAUGACGCAGUUCGUCCUGGACCUCGAGUACGAGGUGAACGAGGUCGAGGAGGAGGAGGCGCAGGAGCAGGUGGACACAGAUGCGGCGGUGGCUGAGGCUACUGCUGAGGAUCUGCGAGGUUUGCUCGGUGGAGCUGCUGAUGGAAGGGCGCAGAAGAAGCUACUGAGAGGGAAGCUCAAGAGGCUGCUCGAUAAAGGGGCCCUCGUCGGUGGUAGCCGGGCCUUUGUCGUGUUCAAGACCAAGGCCUGCCGCAACAAGG